ACCGCAAUGUAUAUUGGCCGCCCGCAAACUGCCAGUUACAAAGAUGGCGGUGGACAUUCGGUUAGCGACGGCCCGAAAGCGCGCCACUUUACCGGCCGAGGUCAACAAACAUCUGGUGUCACCGGGAGAUACGAUCACGACCGAUACGGGUUUUAUGAGAGGCCAUGGUACCUACAUGGAAGAUGAAAAGCUCAUUGCAUCAGUUGCUGGGGCUGUGGAAAGGGUGAACAAGCUGAUAUGUGUCAAGCCACUUCACACAAGAUAUAACGGCGAAGUUGGUGAUGUCGUUGUGGGCAGGAUCACUGAGGUUCAACAGAAGCGCUGGAAAGUGGAAACAAACUCCAGACUAGACUCUGUGCUCCUCCUCUCUUCUGUUAAUCUUCCUGGAGGAGAACUGAGGAGGAGGUCUGCUGAGGAUGAACUGAUGAUGAGGGACUACUUGCAGGAGGGAGACCUGAUCAGUGCAGAGGUACAAGCUGUGUUUGCUGAUGGUGCUUUGUCCUUGCAUACCAGGAGCCUAAAGUAUGGAAAGCUGGGACAAGGUACUCUGGUCCAAGUCUCCCCAUCCCUUGUAAAACGUCGAAAGACUCAUUUUCACAACCUGCCUUGUGGAGCAGCCAUCAUUCUAGGAAAUAACGGCUAUAUUUGGAUUUAUCCCAUCGCUGAACAAAAGGAGGAUGAAACAGGAGGAUUUGUGACUAAUUUUGAGCCGGUUUCUUUAUCGGAUAGAGAGGUCAUCUCGCGACUCCACAAUUGCAUCUUAGUCAUGAAUAUUCACAAAAUGUUGCUUUAUGACACCAGCGUUCUCUAUUGCUAUGAGGCAUCACUGCAUUACCAGAUUAAAGAUAUUUUGAAGCCAGAAAUAAUGGAAGAAAUAGUGCUGGAGACGAGGCAACGUUUAAUCAAUCAGGAGGGAUAACGUCAACUACCGACUUUAUUUUUGUUAAAUAUUUUGAAUAAAAUAUUGUAAUAGACUGGG